AUGCAUCCUCCGACGUUUACUGGGGGAUUCGACCCGAUUGUAGUAGAGAAUUGGGUGCAAAAGAUGGAAAAGAUCCUGAAAGUUCUGCAUUGUACCAAUGAGCAGAAAGUUCUCUAUGCUAUGUUUCAGCUAGCAGAAGAAUCUGAGAGGUGGUGGGUGGUUGUGAGUCUACUUGAGGAGCAGACAGCCGAUUCACCUAGGAUGACAUGGGGCCAUUUUAAAGAGGUGUUCUUUAAGAGAUACUUUUUGGCUUCUGUCCGUGAUGUAAAGGCAGACAAGUUCUCGAGUCUGACUCAGGGGACCCUGACAGUGCAGAGUUAUGUAGCUAGAUACAUCGAGUUGUCUUGCUUUGUGCUGUGUAUAAUCUUGAACAAGUACAAAAAGGCUCGGAGGUUUGAGAAGGGUCUGAGGAAGGAGAUCCGUAGGCUGGUAGGAAUGUUGCGAAUUUGGGAGUUUCUUAUUUUGGUGGAGAAAGCUGCCGUAGUUGAGGCUGGUCUCUAG